GAGAGAGAGAGAGAGAGAGGGUUAUGUGUGAGUCUGUGUGAGCACAUGAGAAAAGGAAUGAUUAAUCCAUUGGAAAGAGAGAAUGGCAAGAAAGGGAUGCAGUUAUCUCCUUGUUUUGGAUUUCAUGGAAAAACAGAAAUCUUUUUUGGGGGGGGCAUCGAAGUAAUAACUAAGACCCUUGGAAGAUCAAGUCUUAAAGAGUGUGUGCUGUAUGGAACCCAAAGGACCAAAGAUGGGGUUCCUCUGGUAUCUGAGCAGGUGAAACGUCCAAGUCGACCAAUUUACUCCUCCGGUGGACUAAAUAUCAACAAGGUGACUUCCCAAAGGGAGCUGCAGCCAUGCUGUGUGGUCUGAGGAGAGACUCCAAGAACAGCAAUGAUGAGGGACCAUACGCAAAAGGAAACAAGCAGUCCGGGGCAUCUGACCAAUCACAUUUCUCCCAGAGGCGCAGCCUUUCAGAGGAGUACCGAGGAGUGACCACAGUGGACCUGAUGAAAAGGGAAGGCAGCAACCUCGGCCUCACCAUCUCCGGGGGCUCCGAUAAGGACGGCAAGCCCAGAGUGUCAAACCUACGGCCAGGUGGGCUGGCUGCCAGGAGUGACCAGCUGAAUGUAGGAGACCACAUUAAGUCAGUGAAUGGCAUCAACCUGUCCAAGCUUCGUCACGAUGAGAUUAUCAGCCUGUUGAAGAACAUCGGGGAGCGAGUCGUGCUGGAGGUGGAGUACGAGCUGCCUCCGUUACUCCAUAAUCCAUCAGGAGUCAUAAGUAAAACCACAGAGAUGUGUUUGCUCAAAGAGGGCAACAGUUUUGGCUUUGUCAUGAGAGGGGGGUUUCAUGAGGACUGGCGCAGGUCUCGUCCUCUGGUGGUGACCCACGUCAGGCCGGGGGGUCCCGCUGACAGGGAGGGCACGGUGAAGGCUGGCGACAGAGUAUUGAGCGUAGACGGCAUGCCUCUAAACAGAGAGAAGCAUGCUGACGCGUUGACCAUGCUGAUGCAGAGCAGCCAGGAAGCUUUGUUCCUGAUUGAGUAUGACAUCUCUGUCAUGGAGGCAGUGCAACACGCCUCAGGUCCUCUGCUGGUGGAGAUUGUGAAAGGGGCCUCCUCCAGUCUGGGCAUCAGUCUCACCACAUCGGUAUACAGGAACAAGCAAGUCAUCAUUAUUGACAAGAUCAAAGCGGCCAGCGUGGCCGAAAGGUGCGGCGCACUGCACGCAGGCGACGUCCUGCUGACUAUUGAUGGAACCAGCACAGAACAUUGCUCGCUGAUGGAGGCCUUACAGCUUCUGGGAAAUACCGGCGAUGUUGUCAAACUGGAAAUUCUACCAUCCAGUCAGAGCAGACUGCCUGUCCGGCCACAAGACACAGUAAAAGUGCAGAAGAGCAGCCAUCAUCACUGGGACCAAAGCAGCAACUUGUGCCUGCCCCCACAUGGCAGCCACGGCAAGACAUGGAGCAGCCCAAACCACCCACACAACCAGCAGGACCACAGCAAACCUCUGGUGAGUCGUGGCUUCUCCCCUUCCUCCACAGCCACCUCCGGCUUCAGCAGCCAAGGGAGCAGCACGCUGCCCUGCCCCACAGUGCCCACUGCACCCACCAGCCCUCGGACCCCCACCGGCAAGAGGAGGAACAGGAAGAAGAACCACAAGAGCUCAUUGUCGCUGGCAUCCAGUUCUGUGGGCCCCGGGGGUCAGGUUUUUCACGUGGAGGUGAGCGAGAUCAUCCUGAGGGGAGAUCCGCUCACAGGUUUUGGGAUCCAGCUGCAGGGGGGUGUCUUUGCCACAGAAACACUUUCUGCUCCUCCCAUCAUCCGCUUCAUUGAACCAGACAGCUCAGCUGAGAGGUGUGGCUUGAUACAAGUUGGAGAUAGACUCUUGUCCAUCAAUGGCAUCCCCACUGAAGAUGGCACUUUGGAGGAGGCCCAUCAGCUGCUCAGAGACUCUGCUCUGGCCAAUAAGGUCACGGUGGAGAUUGAGUUUGAUGUCGCAGAGUCUGUGGUUCCAAGCAGUGGUACCUUCCAUGUGAAACUACCCAAGCGAAGAGGAAUGGAGAUGGGUAUCACCAUCAGUGCAAGUAAGAAGCCUGGCAAGCCGCUUAUCAUCUCUGACAUCAGAAAAGGAAGCGUAGCUCACAGGACAGGCACUCUGGAGCCUGGAGACAGGCUGCUGGCCAUCGACAGUGCGCGUCUUGACGACUGUACCAUCGAGGAUGCCAUGCAUGUCCUGGAUCAGGCCGAGGACAUGGUCAAGCUCCGGAUACAGAAAGACGAGGACAACAUUGAUGAGCUGGAGAUGUCUGGUUCUAUCAUCUACACUGUGGAGCUGAAGCGAUAUAACGGGCCACUAGGGAUCACCAUUUCGGGCACGGAGGAACCUUUUGACCCAAUCGUCAUUUCAGGUCUAACCAAGAAAGGCCUGGCAGAAAGGACCGGGGCCAUUCACAUAGGGGACCGCGUGCUGGCUAUCAAUGGGGUCAGUCUGAAAGGCAAAACGCUGAGUGAGGCUAUCCACCUCCUGCAGACGGCUGGGGAGUCGGUCACCCUCAAGAUCAAGAAACAAGCAGACCGCGUGUCGGCGUCUCCUCGGUCUCAUGAGUUUGAUGGGAGGCGGGUCCUUGACAGAGAAGCUGGCUUUCUGAGUGACUUGGAGGAUGAACUGAUGGACUCGCAGAGAAUCAGUAAACAUUCAGAGAUGUACUCUGCCACUGUGCCCAGCAUUGACUCCGCAAUGAGCUCCUGGGACGGCUCAGGCUGCGACGCCGGCUACAGUAGCCAAGGCGCAUAUUUUCACAAAGAUAUCUUACUCAAUCCCAAUGAAUGGCGGAGAACAAAGUACAGGAGCCCAGUCGGAUCCAGCUCUGUGGGACUGAUGCACCACGCGGGGCUCUUGGAUGGAAGGCUGACUGAGGAUGACUGGGACAAGAUGCCUGGAUUCAUCGGCACCCUGAAUCAGGACGAUAGCUUCUGGUCCCAGGCUCUGCAGGACCUGGAGACUUGUGGCCAGUCUGAGAUCCUCAGGGAGCUGGAGGCAUCUAUGACAGGUAGCGCUUUCAGUCUGUACCUCGACGAGACCAAGACGGAAAAAGACUCAAUGUUUCUGUCAGAAAUGAGUCCUAUUAAACAAGAGGGAACCAAUGUGGCACCAAAGAACAGGAGCAACCUCAACAUGUUGAUCGGAUGCGGCAGAGGCUCAAACAGUCUGUCUUCUACGAGCCUGGCCCUGCACAAGGUGACUAUCAGGAAGGACCCUGAGAGUCGGGACUUCGGAUUCAGUGUAUCUGACGGGCUUGUGGAAAAAGGAAUUUUUGUCAACAUGAUCCGCCCUAAAGGCCCAGCUGACCAGGCGGGCCUGAAGCCUUACGAUCGUAUACUUCAGGUGAACCGCGUGCGGACCAGAGACUUGGACUGCUGUCUCACUGUGCCCCUGAUCACAGAAGCGGGAGCCAGCCUGGAUCUGGUCAUCAGCAGGAAUCCAGUGGGAGCGGGCGACACCGGGGGCCUGACCGGCGACCACCACGACGACGCUGCCGUCUCACUGCUCUGCUUUUCUGAGCACCGCACGAACAGCAUUGCCCUGUGAGCGCAAAACAGACGGACUGGCACUACGUCACAUGCACGCCCCGGUUGGUCACAUUGCACCUGCCGGAUGUUCACAGCACGGCCGGUGUUAAUCGCCAUGUCCACACGAUGCUUUUUUGGGAGGGGGUUAUAUAACAGGCAUCAUUACUCUCACACAGUUUACAACUAUUUGUUGAAUUUACUUAUCCCCACUAGAACAUAGUUCAGUCUUUAUAUAUGAUCACACAUGCACAGGGUGUUGGCACAUUUAAGGUUCAAGAUACAUUUCGGAGUUAUUUUCUUGGCUCACUGCACGUUUCCACAGAGAAGGGCCCGCUCUCCCUCUCUGAAUAGAAUUCUCACUGCCACCGGCCAAGUAUCAUAAAAGGUGACAUCGUCUAUGUUAAGCUCGUGAACGCUUCCAAAGACGUGUCCCUUUUCUCGCGGACGUCCUUGGGAGGGAUUACGGCUAGUAUCGCACUGUUAUUAGCGGUUUCACUUCACAUUCUCAGCACCACCACAUGCACGUUUUCACUUGAUGGGAUUUGUUGGGCAGUAAAGUGAUGUCUGUUUAUUGUUUCUAAAGAAACCCCUUUUCUAUUGCCUGACUUCAUCUUCCGCUGUGGCUAUUUUCUGUUUUGUUUUUUGUUUUUGGGACCACCACUUGACCCCAUGUUUGUUGGCACGACCUCAGCAAGUGACUUAUUAACUAACAGAAACCCCGGAGUCAUGUCUUGUUUACCUCGAUGGGGUUGUUGUGAGUGCCCCUCCAGUCCUAAAUAUCCCUGCAGUUUAAAAGACGCGUUGACAUCCUGUAUUGGCUGCUGUGUGCACAGCCUUAGAGACCCAUACCGCUUUAGCAUUUUAACUCUUAAACGAUCAAAUGUCAACAGAGGCCUAUUUUUAAAAUCUUUAUAUAUGAAUCAAAUCUUUUGACUGAUUCUAUUUUGGUGUAAAGUUACUUUAUUUCUCAUACAUGCAUGUAGGAAUUAUUUGCGUGAGCUGUUAUACUUAAUGUGGGGUUUCGUUAUUUAAAUUUUCUUUUUUUUAAUGUAUUAUAAGCUAAGAUGUAUUUCUUUUUUUUAAUAAACAUUUUAAAGCC